GCAGGAAGCCAGUUGAGGGAAGUUCUCCAUGAAUGUACGUCACAAUGAUGAUGACCGACCAAAUCCCUCUGGAGCUGCCACCAUUGCUGAAUGGAGAGGUAGCCAUGAUGCCUCACUUGGUGAACGGAGAUGCAGCUCAGCAGGUUAUUAUUGUUCAAGUUAAUCCAGGUGAGACUUUUACAAUAAGAGCAGAGGAUGGAACACUGCAGUGCAUUCAAGGACCUGCUGAAGUUCCCAUGGUGUCACCCAACGGAUCCAUUCCUCCCAUCCAUGUGCCUCCAGGCUAUAUCUCACAGGUGAUUGAAGAGAGUGCCGGAGUCCGCCGGGUGGUGGUCACGCCCCAGUCUCCGGAGUGUUAUCCCCCAAGCUACCCCUCAGCCAUGUCUCCCACCCAUCAUCUCGCCCCCUACCUGACUCACCACCCCCAUUUUAUUCAUAACUCGCACACGGCUUACUACCCACCCGUUACUGGGCCCGGAGACAUGCCGCCUCAGUUUUUUCCUCAGCAUCAUCUUCCCCCCACAAUCUAUGGUGAGCAAGAAAUCAUACCACUCUAUGGAAUGUCAAGUUACAUAACCCGAGAAGACCAGUACAGCAAGCCUCCACACAAGAAACUGAAAGACCGCCAGAUUGAUCGCCAGAACCGCCUCAACAGCCCUCCUUCUAUCUACAAAAGCAACUGCACAACUGUGUACAAUGGCUACAGCAAGGGCCACAGUGGCGGGAGUGGCGGAGGGGGCAGCGGCGGUGGGCCAGGAAUUAAGAAGACAGAGCGGCGAGCAAGAAGCAGCCCAAAGUCGAACGAUCCGGAUUCGCAAGAGUAUGAGUUGGAAGUAAAGAGGGUGCAAGACAUUCUUUCGGGAAUAGAGAAACCACAGGUUUCUAAUAUUCAGGCCAGAACAGUUGUGUUGUCCUGGGCUCCCCCUCUUGGUGUUUCGUGUGGACCCCACAGUGGUCUUUCCCUCCCCUACAGUUACGAGGUUGCCUUAUCAGACAAAGGACGAGAUGGAAAAUACAAGAUAAUUUACAGUGGAGAAGAAUUAGAAUGUAACCUGAAAGAUCUUAGACCAGCAACCGACUAUCACGUGAGGGUGUAUGCCAUGUACAAUUCGGUAAAGGGAUCCUGCUCUGAGCCAGUGAGCUUCACCACCCACAGCUGUGCGCCUGAGUGUCCUUUCCCGCCUAAGCUGGCACACAGGAGCAAAAGUUCACUAACCCUGCAGUGGAAGGCACCAAUUGACAAUGGUUCAAAAAUCACCAACUACCUUUUAGAAUGGGAUGAGGGAAAAAGAAACAGUGGUUUCAGACAAUGCUUCUUCGGGAGCCAGAAGCACUGCAAGUUGACAAAGCUUUGUCCGGCAAUGGGAUACACAUUCAGGCUGGCCGCUCGGAAUGACAUCGGCACCAGUGGUUAUAGCCAGGAGGUGGUGUGCUACACCUUAGGAAACAUCCCUCAGAUGCCCUCUGCACCAAGACUGGUUCGAGCUGGCAUCACAUGGGUCACGUUGCAGUGGAAUAAACCAGAAGGUUGUUCACCUGAGGAGGUGAUUACCUACACUUUGGAAAUUCAGGAGGAUGAAAACGAUAACCUUUUCCACCCAAAAUACACUGGAGAGGACUUAACCUGUACUGUGAAAAAUCUCAGAAGAAGCACACAGUAUAAAUUCAGGCUGACUGCUUCUAACAUGGAAGGGAAGAGCUGUCCAAGUGAAGUUUUGGUUUGUACGACGAGCCCUGACAGGCCUGGACCUCCUACCAGACCUCUCAUUAAAGGACCAGUUACAUCUCAUGGCUUUAGUGUCAAAUGGGAUCCUCCAAAGGACAAUGGUGGUUCAGAAAUCCUGAAAUACUUGCUGGAGAUAACUGAUGGAAACUCUGAAGCAAAUCAGUGGGAAGUAGCAUACAGUGGAUCGGCGACAGAGUACACCUUCACCCACUUGAAACCAGGCACUUUGUACAAACUCCGAGCAUGCUGCAUCAGUACUGGUGGACACAGCCAGUGUUCUGAAAGUCUCCCCGUUCGCACACUAAGCAUUGCACCAGGUCAGUGCCGACCACCGAGGGUUUUGGGUAGACCAAAGCACAAAGAAGUCCACUUAGAGUGGGAUGUCCCUGCAUCUGAAAGUGGCUGUGAGGUCUCAGAGUACAGCGUGGAGAUGACCGAGCCCAAGGAUGUGGCCUCAGAAGUAUACCACGGGCCGGAGCUGGAGUGCACUGUCGGCAACCUGCUCCCUGGAACCAUGUAUCGUUUCAGGGUGAGGGCUCUGAACGAUGGAGGGUACGGCCCCUAUUCUGAUGUCUCAGAAAUCACCACGGCAGCAGGGCCUCCUGGACAAUGCAGGGCACCUAGUAUUUCCUUCACGCCCGACGGGUGUGUGCUGGUGAGUUGGGAGAGUCCUGAGAGCUCUGGUGCCGACAUCUCAGAGUACAGGUUGGAAUGGGGAGAGGACGAAGAAUCCUUAGAGCUUGUUUACCAUGGCACAGACACCUGUUUUGAAAUAAGAGAUCUGUUGCCUGCUGCACAGUACUGCUGUAGACUACAGGCCUUCAAUCAAGCAGGAGCAGGACCACACAGUGAGCUUGUCCUUUGCCAGACACCAGCGUCUGUCCCUGACCCCGUCCCCACUCUCUGUGUCCUGGAGGAGGAACCUCCCAGUGCCUAUCCUAACUCACCUUCCGUGUGCCUUGUGCUGAGCUGGGAAGAGCCAUGCAACAACGGAUCUGAAAUCCUUGCUUAUCACAUUGAGUUUGGAGACGCUAGCAUUACCGUGGGCAACACCACCACCCACAUUAUGAGAGAUCUCCUUCCAGAAACCACCUACCGGAUCAGAAUUCAGGCUGUCAAUGAAAUUGGAGCCGGGCCAUUCAGUCAGUUCAUUAAAGCAAGAACUCGGCCAUUACCACCCUCGCCGCCCAGGCUGGAGUGUGCCGCGGCUGGCCCUCAGAGCCUGAAGCUCAAAUGGGGAGACAGUAACGCCAAGACACACACUGCUGACGACGUGGUGUAUACACUACAGCUGGAGGACAGAAACAAGAGGUUUAUUUCAAUCUACAGAGGAUCCAGCCACACCUACAAGGUCCAGAGACUGAUGGAAUUCACAUGCUACUCCUUCAGAAUCCAGGCAGCCAGUGAGGCUGGGGAAGGGCCCGUCUCAGAAACUUACACCUUCAGCACAACCAAAAGUGUCCCUCCCACCCUCAAAGCACCUCGAGUAACACAGUUAGAGGGAAAUUCGUGUGAAAUUUUGUGGGAGACGGUACCACCAAUGAAAGGCGACCCUGUUCACUACAUUCUGCAGGUUUUGGUUGGCAGAGAAUCCGAGUACAAGCAGGUGUACAAGGGAGAAGAAGCCACAUUCCAGAUCUCAGGCCUCCAGACCAACACGGACUACAGAUUCCGCGUGUGUGCGUGUCGCCGCUGUCUAGACCCCUCUCAGGAGCUCAGCGGAGCCUUCAGUCCCUCUGCGGCCUUCGCGUUGCAGCGGAGCGAGGUCAUGCUUGCCGGGGACGUGGGGAGCUUGGACGACCCCAAGGUGAAGAGCAUGAUGCCCACUGACGAACAGUUCGCAGCCCUCAUCGUGCUCGGCUUCGCAACCCUGUCUAUUUUGUUUGCCUUCAUAUUACAGUACUUCUUAAUGAAGUAAGCAGGCCCGACAGAACUAGAGGUAUGACUUUAAUGUUACACAUUUUAAUACACACAUUUAUUCAGAUACUCCCCCUUUUAAGCCCUUUUGUUCUUUGAUUUAUAUACUCUUGUUUUACAGAUUUAGCUAGGAAAAAAAUGUCCGUGUUUUGGUGCACCUUUUUGAAAUGCAAAACUAGGAAGAGGUUAAACUGGAUUUUUUUUAAUAAAAGAAGAAGAAGAAAAGCAAACCAGAUACCAAAAGCUCACUUUCUUACGUUUUCUUUUAAAUUUUCAGACUUGCCUUUGCUCUGUUCUCACUGAUGUCUUUCACAAGCCUUAUGGGUUUUUUGUUACCAUUUAGUAAUUUAUAUUCACCAGUCACUUCUUCUGUCUUGAUCAUCUGUAUCCAUAAACACGAAUCACAGUGUGUGUGGUUGCAGGGCGAGGAGUUCCGCGCUGUCCGAGGGUCACCAUGCAGCAACGACGCGCAAAAGAUGUGUUCCCACAGAUGAGACUGCCCUAAACAACCGUGCUGUCACUCAGUUAACUUAAUGUGUUUAGCUCAUUUAAAGCAAAAUGUACUUUAAUGUCAGUGUUUUCAGAACCUGUAUUUCUUAUUAUUUUAACACUAUGAGCUGCCUGUAUAAGCAAUAACCAAAACGCACCUAUAAGUUAUAGAGCAUUGUAGAUUUUGCCACGUCAAUUCAUAGCAGUAACCUUAAGGGCAUUGUGCAAUAGUUAGUUGUUUUCUUGUUCAGCUGUUGUCAAAGCUGCUUUAACUUGUUUGUCUUUGUAUAUAACUACUUCUGAUCUAAUCACUAGAGUUAUUAUAUUCUGUUAUGCGUGACCAGAAUUAUAUGGCAAGGACUGGGGAUAGUAUAGUGCCUCUGCCCAUUGUCCAAGACUUACACUAAUUGUGAGCAGUCUUCUUACGCGUCAGCUCAUUAUUUGUGAAAGAUUUGCCUUUAGGCUUUUCUUCGAGGUAUCAAUGAAGUGAUUGAAUUUCCAUACCAUCAUUCAGUACACACAAUACUAAUGUAACAGCAGAUGAAAACUGAUAAAACCUUAAAGAGAGACAUCGAAAUGUGUAGUUCCUAUUUCUGUUGGUUUGCCUGGCCACUGUGGGAGAGGGAAUGGGAUUUGGCAAAAAGCACAGGGUGUUCGGGGGUCAAGGAACCUAGAUUCUCUCCCUGGAUCUCUCACUAAUUUGCUGCGUGACCUGAACAUGUCACUUUACCUCUCUGUGCCUCAGUUUUCCCAUGCGUGAAAAAUAAAAUAAAUUAAAUGGGGAUUCUAAUGUUUGUAAGUGCUUUGAGAUCUUUGAUCAACAGGUGCUAUUGGAGUGCAAAGUGUUACUCUUGCAUGUUAAUUUUGAGUCAUGAGAUAAGCAAUUUUAACCCAAAGUCAUUGGAUUAUUUAUAUGAAGUCCAUAAUGUUCGAGUACCUCAGGGACAUUUAAGAGUUGGAGGUGCAAAUAUAUUCCAAAAGGGUGCAACAGACACAGUGUAUCCCCCCUGCUUCUGUUUUUGUAUAUUUUUGCUACUUGGUUUUCUUGAUUAUAUUUUGUCUUGAUCUGUGUUGUCUAAGAUGCAGUAUCCUAUACUAGCUUAUAAUAUUCCCAUACCAAAGUCAUGGGGAAACCAACAUUAUUUUGUUUUUGGUUUAUUUAUACUAUAUUCUGCAUACAGUACUUUAAAUGCCAAUUACAGUGCAAUCUUUAUUUAUUGUAAAAAUUUUUAAAUGUACUUAUGUACUAAUUUUCCCUUGUAGCAUGUUAUUUUUUUUUGUUUUGUUUUAUACUUUUGUAAUUUUAGGUCAGUCUUGUUCCUUGGCAACAUCUGUAGUAUUAAUCUUCUGACAUUUUCUUGUGUUUUUAAAAAGUUAAGACCAUCUAGUGCAUUAAAUGCCAAAAAUAUCCAUUAUCAGUGAUUGAAACGUUUACAUGUACCCGAAAACCAUAAUCAUCUCUUGAAAGAAAGCGCUAAGAUCAGUGACUUAUUCUGUGUGCCUAUAUUGACGUAGUAAGUACUAGAGAGUUCUGUAUUUUAUUAUUGACUAUAAUAACUAGUUUAAUUAGCCUCGCAAACUGAUGGCAUCAAGGUAAAUAUAUUUUCGCCAAAGUUCUGGCCUUUGAAAGCUCACCCCUCUCUUGACACUAUGACAUUUCACCUGCAUUUCCUGAGACAACCUCAUGCAGGUGUUUUGGGGAAAAGGUAUUUUUUUAAGCAAUGAAAAUUCAACUGAGUACACAACCCUCUUUUCAGGGGGGUAGAAGUCUCUUUUUUGAAAUACUUCAGAACUGCUGCUAUAAAGAAAUUUUCUGAAUUGGUUGAAUUUUUUAAAAUAAUAUAUAGUACUUUAGGCCAAAAUUUCUAUGAGUAUUGAUCUUUCUGAGAUUUUCAUACUAUCUGUUUGACCACCAGGAAGCUGAAGUGUGUGAAAUACAAGCUGCCAGCACUUUAUUUUAUUGCUCUCCAUUAUUUGAUACUCAUUGUAAUCCCUUCAGACAGAAAAUGACUCUCUAUGGCACUGUCUUCUAUCACAAAUAUGUAUAUGUGAUAUCGAUAUAUACUAUAUAUACAACCAUUACACACGAACAGUAAAAUAAAGUGUUCUGUUCACCUGAUCUCUUUGGCUUUCUGCUCUGUGUAAGAGUGAGUGAGUGGCUUUUUGAUACUCUGACUCUUUUCUGUAUGACAAACAUCCCUGGCACAAGAAAUUCUUUGUGGGAAGCAAACUGCCCUGUGUCCUCAAAGAAAUUGUUUAAAAAAGCUUUUUUAAAAUAUUUUUUUCAUAUUAUCUGCCUUGUUUCUUAUCAACUUGAAAUGUUGGCAUUUUCUAACCUUGUUUUGUUGGCUACAGUAAUUCAGUAUUCAUGUCAAAAUUGAGAAGCGCCCUAAUUGAAUGUGUUUGAAUGUCAUCCUUGCACAAUCUUUAAAUUGAAAGACAAAAUGUUUUACCUCACUGUUGGACAUACAUUCCAAGCUUUUCAACUUUAAGAGAGAAAAAGAUCAUGUUUUCCUGUAUUGUAAAUUUUAGACUAUUUCAUAUACAUUGUAUUAAAACUGCCAUAUCAAUUUUAAUGUAUAGAUUUUGCAAAUACUAUGCUAUAUGUAAUACCUAACUGUAUCUGUAGUGUAUAUGUAAUAUAUUUAUGCCCAAUAAAUGUUUUAAUUCUUUCUGACUUAA